AUGAAGAGAGGAGGAGUCUCAACAGUCGUCCGGGGGAAGCUAGGGCUCGCGGUGGCUGCCAAAGAGGGGUUUUGGUGGGUUUUAGGACUGGAGGGCACGGUGAGGGUGAGGCCUAGAGUGGUGGCCAGCGAGUACUGGCAGCGGAGGCGUGAUGAAGUGGAAAUGGAGGCUGCUUGGGGGAGGGGCUUUGGACGUGUGAUGGUGGGACUUGAACCGGGACCUUUGGAUGGUGGUGAGAGUGAAUAUGAAAGGAGGUGGGGUCGGGCCUAUGGUGGUAGAAGAGGGAAGGUGCAGAGUGAGGCAAAAUGA